AUGAUUCAACUGAAGCCGGAUCUUCAAGGAUUUCUCCGCUGCAGCAUUGGUGACGGCAAAACAGCAAUGUUUUGGUAUGACUAUUGGACAGAGUUGGGUCCGUUACUCUUAUUUUUUGGUUCAUCAGGCCCUAGAACUCUAAGGAUUCCACUUAAUGCUACGGUCUCUCAAGCAGUUAGCAACGGCCACUGGAAUCUACCGCCCGCUCGGUCGGAUAUUGCAGAAACACUCCAUGUUAUCCUAUCAACCACUAGAGUCCCGACUGAUGCGAAUGGCAAAGAUGCCUACUUGUGGAGAAACCAGUCCGGAGGCUUUGCUGCGUCCUUCUCGUCGCGUGUGACAUGGGAGAGGCUUCGCACGCCUAACCCUUCAGUACAGUGGCACUCAUUUGUUUGGUUCAAGGAGGAGAUUCCUCGCUGUUCUUUCAUCUCCUGGACAGCGUUCCUUGGCAGGUUACCGACACGAGACCGCUUGAUAUCAUGGGGACUCUCUGUUCCACCAGGUUGUGUCUUUUGCACUUCAGCAAAUGAAUCCCAUAACCAUUUGUUUUUUCAAUGUGCUUUUGCUGCUGCUAUUUGGCUUCGAUAUUGUGGCAGGUACAUGGCGUCACCUCCAGCUUCAUUGGAUGCAGUUACGGUGCAGUGUCGCAACCUCCAGGGACCUCAAGCUCGACGUGUGGCGGUUGUUCUGAAGCUCCUCUGUCAAGUCAUCGUCCACAACCUGUGGCGUGAACGGAAUGCUCGCAUCUUCAGGGACGUCAGGAUGAAUCAAGACGGUUUCUUCAGAGUGGUGGAUCGUUCCAUGCGUGAUCGGCUCCUUUCCCCUUCUCUCAUAUCUUCCUCAUCUCCCUCCUUGUUGGAGUUGUAUUUUUGGUUCCUUUCCCCUUAUAGUUAA